AAAAUCAUCAAAUCUAUUAUCGCCGAGUAGCUUGGAUCGAUCUAAAAGCGACAAAAAGAACUUGAAUCUCCGUUUUCUGGGUUGGUGGACCGUUUUUGCGCCGAUAUCUAUUAAGUCAUCUGGAUUGUGUCGGAACCGAUUGGUUGGAUUUUGUUCUUUUUUGUUCGAGAAAUCGCAUCCUAGGAAUUACAAAGAUCCCAAGAAUUGUCUGAGCCAAACAAGCUCACCGCUUUUCCUUUAAGCCUAUUGCAUCUUUUUGUGGGCUUCAGAUCAGCUAGAGGAAAUGAUUCCCAUGUUCAGGUACAUGGACUCACAGCCGUUCCAGAAGAAUCGAAUGCCUGUCAAUCCAUAUCAGUAUCCGAAUAUGGGAAGUGUCCCAUCUUACACGAUGAUGGAUCCAGCUAAAUCAUGUAUGCCUCCUCAUGAUUCUGGGCAUAACUAUUGCCAUUAUGGCUACCCAAUGCCACCUUCCUGCUGUAAUGAUGGUAAUUUUUUCCCUGGUUACUAUAAUUUCAGACCACCGUACCUUCCUGUUCCACCCCAUCAGGAUAUGCAUUGCUAUGGCAGUUACCCACCGUGCCCGGAACCGUAUUACGUCCAAUAUGUUCCUCCCAUGCAUUAUAAUGUAGAGCAGCCUAGGUAUGAGUUUGACAAGAACGUGAUGAGGAAUCAUCACUGUUGUGGCUGUCCUAAUAGCUUGUGUGGGCAGAAGCAGGAGGAAGAUAGAUGUGUGAAGAUUGAGGAGGAGAAACCGGACAAUCAAAGAAAGGGGUCGAUGGUUCCAUUUCAAUUAGGAAAUAACCAAUCCCCAUUUGUGUGGAUUCCACCUGACUAUGUGGGGAGUGAAAAAGGGAAAGAACCUUCUGAAACUGGAGCCAUGAAGCAGGAGAAGGAACGCCAUGGUCUGAAUUCGACGAAGAAUUUGGAUCCAAAGUUCUGGCAUGGCUGGCCUUUGUCUGAUUUGAGUCGCCUAGGGUCAUGGUUUCCUGAUGCAGUAGGCAUGGGGACUCGAAGUGUGCAAAAUAAUCAACCGGAGGAUGGAAAAAAAGAGUUCCCAUUUCCUCUUAUUUGGAUGCCUACUUUUGGUAGAGAGGAGAGGGCUGGAAAGGACGUCCAAAAUAAGGAUGCUCCUACAAAAUACACUGAAGAGCCUUCUAAUGUUGGGAAGUUGGUACCAACGAAUAUCUUGCAGAAAAAUGAUGCAACAAGUGAAGGUCCUGAAGUUGUGAAGACCAUAAAUCAGAGCAAUAUUCCGGAAACGGAUGUGAAGCAUAAGAUUGAUGACACCAACAAAAAGAAAGAAAGGAGAUGCAUUGCGGUGGAGACUGCUAAAGAAAACGAGGUAAGGGAGUCAUCUAAAGAUAAUGUUAAAGGACAGAAAGCAACCUCGCCAAAGAAAUCAAGAUUGCCUCCUGUUUGUCUCAGAGUGGAUCCUCUUCCGAAGAAGAAGAAUGGCAAUGGCAGUUCGAGGUUGCAGAGUCCUUCCAAACUGUCCGAUGUUAAGGAAAACACUCAAUUAGAUUCAAAGAUCAAUAGCGCUAUAGCAGAGUCAAACAGCGAGAAGAUCAUUAAGGAAGUUGAGGUUACCCAUGACAGCCGUGAUGGUAAUCAUGGAAAUAAAGAAAAUAUCUCUAGAAAUGGAGAGCCAUUAAGCUCGACAACGCAGUCUCAAGGGAAGGUUCUUGACAAGCUCUGCAAGGAAGGGACAGAAGAACAGGGGGAGAAGGACAGAACAAUAGACCAAGCACCUACUGAAAAGAAUGUGGAUGAAGGGUCGGAGGUAAGUUCAGGGGACAUAGUUCAGGAAGAAGGGAAAAAUGAGAAGCCUAACUUAUCGGAUGAUGAAGCUGCCGUGCUCAUUCAGGCAGCCUACCGUGGUUAUGAAGUUAGGAAAGGGGAGCUUCUGAAAAAGAUGAGGCAACUUGCUGAAGUUCGUCAACAGGUCAUGGAGGUUCAAAAUCGUGUGAAUGCUUUGGAAUUGGCUCCUCCUCAAGAUGAGAGAGAAAGAGUGUUUGUUGGAGAAAUGAUAAUGGGACUGUUGCUACAACUUGACACCAUACAGGGUCUGUAUCCAAGUGUAAGGGAGUUCCGGAAGUCUUUGGCGAAAGAACUUGUAGCGCUUCAGGAGAAACUUGACUGCAUGGUGAUUAACAAGCCUACAGAAGUAGUACAGGAAGCCGCCGUGGAAAAACAUGCUGAACAUUUUGAUACAGAAACUUAUCAUGAAAUAAAAGAGGAAGAGCAACACAAAGAACAUCAGAAGCCAACUGGGGAUGGAAAUAGCGAGUUGCCGGAAGUAAACGAUGAGAACAUGAAGGAACACGAAGCAGAGCAACUUGUAGAAGUAAAAGAAUCUGAAGUUCAAAAUGAAGAUAUUUCUGAAUUGUCAUCUCAUGACUUAUCCAAGCAUUUUGAGGGUGAAGAGGCUGAAUCAAAGGUUGAGAUGGAACAGAACGUGGAGUUGUUGACUGAUGCUGAGCAAAAAGUAGGGGAAGUUCUUCAAGCGGACAGGCAAAAAGAAGCUGUAAACCAUCAAACAUAUUCUUUUGGAGAUACUCGUCCUGCAGAAGAUUCUUUGCAGGUUGAUGCUUCGAUGUCUGUCUGUGAUGAUCAAGUGGGAGCACAAACAGGACUAACACCUCAAGUUCUUGACAAGAUUAAUAUUUCUGCAGCUGCUGAAAAUGGACAAACUGAAGAUCAGUUGGCUGCAGAUGUGGAACUUCCAAUGAGAGAGGACACCAAUCCAAAUAAUUUCGAAGCUGCCAAGCUUGAGCAACUUGAGAUAAGGGGAGAGGUGUCAGAGACUGAAGAGAAUGCACGUGAUUUGGAAGUUGAACUAAGUAGUGAUGGAACUUCUAAUGUGAAGCAUCCUGAGGGUGAGGAGGACUGUCAUGUCUCAUGUGUCGGCUCUGAGCAGAAUAGGGAGUAUUUGGGUUAUACAGAACACGAAAAUGAAAACGAAGGAGCAUCUGAUGAAUCUGCAGAAUUGCCAGGGGAAGAAUUGAACUCCAACGACGACGACCCGAACAUCCAAAACAAGUUGGUAACCGAGGGAAACAAACAACAGACAAUGGAUGAGCUUGUGCCAUCCAGCCAGUUAAAAGACCCGGCUAGACGAGCAUGUGAUGAAUCUGCAGAUUUGCCAGAGGAACUAUCAAAAUCCUACCACAAUCAGAACGUCCAAAACGAAAUAGUAAACGAGGAAAAUGAACAACGAACUGCUGAUGAGGAAACUAAAAUGGCGGAAGACAUGCUGCACGAGCCACUUGUAAUUGAUCCUGUGCUAUCCAGCAAGUUAGACAAUGAGCCUAACGAGAUACAUGCUGCUGAUGAAGCAACUCUCGAUGGCCCUUCUAUUCAGAUGGGUGAAGGGUCACUGCCUUCUUCGGCAGACCCGAAUAAGCUUGAUUUGGGUACUGAAAAGGAGAUGGAUAAGAAACUAGUGGAAGAAAAUGAGAAAAUGAGAGAGAUGGUGGAGAAGUUGAUGGAGGCUGGCAAAGAACAGAUGGCCAUCAUAUCAAAACUGAGCGGAAGAGUGAAGGACUUGGAAAAAAGGCUGGCAAGGAAGAAGACACAAAGGCGAGGAUGUGGCUUAUCUAUGCCAAGACAGCAUAUGUUGAAUGGUCGGAUUAAGGCUUGAAGGGAUCUGCGAUCUGCAUUAUGCAUGUUUGUGAUGGAAUCCUUUUUGUAAUAUAUUUCAUCUCGUUGUAUAUUUGUUUCUCAUAAAAAUAAAAUGCAUCUAUGUUGCCCAUGAUCA